UUAUUAAUAUACAGUCGAAUUAGUAAUAUAGUGUGGCAGUGGGGGUAUUUAUCUUUCCCCAAAAUUCCAACGAUAACAUAUUAAUAAAAUGCAACCAUUAUUAUACAAUUAUUUUUCGUAAAUAUAAAGUAAAUAAUUUUCCAAUUUUUUUUCGCAUACGAUGUUUUCUAAUAAAACACUACAGAAUUAGCCAUCCCCAAAUUUUGCCGCCCUAGGCAGCUGCCUACAGUGCCUAAUGGGAAAUCCGCCUCUGCGUGAACCCAAUGUUUUUGAAGAUUUCAUUCUAACAACUACUACUGCUGCAGAAUCAUUUAAUAGUACUGAAACAAAUUGUGUAAAUGGCUAUUUUAAAAUAUUAGAUUGUAUAGUUGUAAAUUUGAAGAAAAUGUUUUCAACUGAAAGUCUUCAAAUGGCUGAAGCUAUAGACAAUUUUAUAAAAUUAGAUUUUAAAAAGAGUGAACUAUUUAUUAAUCAUUAUAAGGAUUUAUUGGAUGUAAAAAGUAUAAGUGUUCAAUCAGAAAUGCAUGUUGUGAAGAACUACUUACACUUAUCAAAUGGCAAAAGCAGUAUUAAUUUAGAAGCUUUGACUUCAGUACUUUCCAAAAAUAUAUACCCUAACAUGUCUAAGCUUAUACAAGUUGCACUUACUUUUCCUAUAAGUUCGUCAACGUGUGAACGUAAUUUUUCUGCAAUGAGAAGGAUUAAAACAUGGCUGAGGUCAUCCAUGGUACAGAAUAGAUUAAAAAAUUUAGCUAUAAUUAGUAUUGAGAAAGAUAUUUCUAAAAAAAAUUGAUA